AUGGGACCGCUCCAUACCGUUUCCGAAUACGCUAUCUCCAUAAUCAAGAAGAUGCAGAACGAAAACGUUCACAGCUGGGCGCCCAAGCAAUCCGUGACCGACCAGUUCAACGACCAUGUCCAAGAAUGGAUCAAACACACUGUCUGGAAGGAAGACUGCCGCUCCUGGUACAAGGACAAUAACACCGGCCGAGUUAAUGCUGUCUGGCCUGGGUCAUCUAUGCACUAUCAGCAGGUCAUUGCUAGUCCCAGGUAUGAGGAUAUGGACAUGAGGUAUCACCACAAGAACCAAUGGGCGAGUCUAGGAAUGGGGUGGACUGUGGAGAAUAGAGCAGGAACGGGGGUGCUGGACAACUCGCCGUAUCUGAACCUGAGAAAUCUUGAUCAGAAAUGGUACGCGGCCAAUGGUGGAGAUGAGAAGGUGCUGGCGGAGCAGAUCAAUGAGCAGAAUAAGCGAGUAGUCUGA